UUGGGACGGAGGUAGUAUUACAUAAUUAAUAAAUUUUAAAUAAACUACUCCGUAUAAUAGUACAAAUUUAAAAUAAUUAAACCAUACAUUGAUUCGAUUCCAUACUUCAUACUCCGUAUGAACUAGCAAAUACGGUGAAAGUGUGAAUUAAUCAAAAUAACAGUAUAAAUGUAGAUUUAAAUACGUAGUAAUAAUCAUAGGCAAUGACAUUGUUGUGAUUUUUGCCCACCCCAGUCGCUACACCCCAAGUUAGGGACAUUCUACACUUCCGACACUCCACACACAGCCGCAGGUGAAGACUGAAGAAGUGGGAGGUGAAGAAGCCGCAGGUGAAGAAAGAGGCAGAGAGUUGCCACUUCGCCCAGACUUCCCUCCGGAUAAAUACCGUCACUCGCUGGUGAUCCGCAGGUUGUUUCUUAGCAAUGACUGAUCAAGGCACUGUGGUGACUCAAUCCUUGACUGCCAUGGACUAUGAAUCUGCUGAUCAUAAAAUUGGAGGUUCAAAUACUUCUGAACUGGAGAACAAUGUGGUUCCUGAAACCUCUGUAGAAUAUUCAGCAACACAUACUGCGCCACUUGUGGAUAGAAGUUCUGAUGUAGGUGCGGCUAGGUUUACAGACUCUGCUCAGCAGGAAAUCCCUACUGUCCCUGUACAAGUAGAUGCAUCUCAAGCUACCUCAUUUACUACUUCUCUAAAUGGAAAUAAUAGCGAAGUGAGAGAUGCAGUAUUCACCAGUGUCAUAGAAAAUGGAAUACAAUCAGACAGUAUUCAUGAUUCCGCCACAAUGCAUCAGCCAGUAGGUGAUUCUGCAAUAUCUCAUGAAGAGGAACGAUUAUGGAGCAUUGUGAGAACAAAUUAUCUAGAUUUUGGUGCCUGGACUGCCCUUAUAGAGGAAACUGAGAAAGUAUCAGAGGGGAACAUUGUGAAGAUUCGUAAAGUUUAUGAUACAUUUUUGGCGGAGUUUCCUUUGUGUUAUGGUUACUGGAAGAAGUAUGCAGAUCACGAGGCACGGAUUGGUUGUAUGGAUAAAGUUGUUGAGGUAUACGAGCGAGCAGUUCAAGGAGUGACAUAUUCUGUAGAUAUGUGGUUGCAUUAUUGUGUAUUUGCCAUAAACACAUAUGGAGAUCCUGAAACAAUUAGAAGGGCUGUGUCAUAGUCCAUGUAGUUCUCCAUGAUUUUUUGCUGUUUUUAAUGCACAUGAGGUGCAUCAAAAUACAAUUGCUGCCAAGAAGGUCCAUCCGAUAAGGCUAAGAUGAUCUAUGAGUGCUCUUUCCGAGACCUGGUAUGAUAGUGUUGAGGAAGGUUGUUUGAAAGAGCGUUGGCGUAUGUUGGAACAGACUACCUAUCAUUUCCUUUGUGGGAUAAGUACCUCGAAUAUGAGUAUACACAACAAUCAUGGCCACAUGUUGCCACAAUUUACACACGGGUUCUGGAAAUUCCAAACCAACAAUUGGAUCGCUACUUUGAAGGUUUCAAGGAGCUGGUUGCCAGUAGGCCACUAUCAGAAUUGCAUACUGAUGAAGAAAGGGAAGCAGCAGCAGCAGUUGCUGCCGGUUCUGAUACCACCAAUGUUGAGCAAGUUGAAGGAGAGGUUCAUCCUAAUACAGAGUCUUUGAAGCCUGCAAGUUCAAGCCUAAAGGAUGCAGAGGAGUUGGAGAAAUACAUCUCCAUUAGAGAAGAGAUCUAUAAGAAGGCCAAAGAGUUUGAUUCUAAGAUCAUCGGGUUUGAAACUGCCAUCAGGAGACCCUACUUCCAUGUUCGCACCCUAAAUUCUGCAGAGCUCGAAAAUUGGCACAGUUAUCUUGAUUUCAUUGAAGGAAAUGAUGACUUCAAUAAGGUAUUUGGGACUAUUGUUAUACUGGGUGUUUUUCAGUCUAUGUGGUUAGCUUUUUCCGUCCUCAUUUCGUAUUGACUAACAGUUAAGUAAUAGCUGCACCAUAUGCUUUAUCGGCUAAAUCAUCACAUGAAGCAUCUUUAAAAUGGGAUAUUGAACUUGGAUCACGCAGGAACCAUCCAAUUUGCUUUCUGUCUCUUAUCUUCCUAACCAUGUCAGUCAAGGACGGUCCCUCAUUGAUAAUAGAGGGGCCUCCAUGAUCCGCCCAACGGAGUUGUCAAACUAUAUGAGCGAUGCCUGAUUGCUUGUGCGAAUUAUCCUGAAUAUUGGAUAAGAUAUAUUUUGUGCAUGGAGGCUAGUGGAAGUAUGGAUCUUGCUGAUAAUGCUAUUGCUCGUGCAACUCAAGUUUUUGUGAAGAGACAACCUGAGAUUCACCUCUUCGCUGCUCGAUUUCGAGAACAGCAGGGUGAUAUUCCUGGAGCCCGAGCUGCAUAUCAACUUCUUCACUCUGAAAUUUCACCUGGGCUUUUGGAAGCAACUAUUAAACAUGCCAACAUGGAACAUCGACUUGUACGGAUUUUUAUUUACAUGCUGAGUUUUUGUUUUGUUUUUGCAUAUUGCUUUGUGUAUUUUGUGUUUUAUUUAGACUCUUUAUCUGUAUUGCACGGAAACCUUGAUGAUGCAUGUUCUCUAUAUGAGCAAGCUAUUGCAAUUGAAAAAGCAAAAGAACACUCACAAUCUUUACCUUUACUGUUUGCCCAAUACUCCCGGUUUCUUUACUUGGUUUCUGGCAAAGUGGAAAAAGCUAGAGAAAUCAUUGAUCAGGCAGUUGAAAAUGGAAACUUGUCUAAACCACUACUUGAGGCAAUCAUCCAUUUAGAAUCAAUUCAGCCACAUACAAAGAGAAUCGAUUAUUUGGAUCCCCUAGUUGAUAGAUUCAUUGUUCCUACAAUUGAUGCAUCUACUGUUGCAAGCAUUGAUGAAAGAGAAGAGUUAUCAAGCAUUUAUUUGGAGUUUUUGGACCUUUUUGGGGACACAAAAACUAUCAAGAAAGCUGAUGAUCGACAUGCCAAGCUCUUCUUAUGUAACAGAACCUCUUUGUUAGAGUCAAAGAAGCGUCAUGCAGAUGAUUAUCUGGCUUCUGACAAGACAAAGUUGGCUAAAGCUGGUACCCCAGUUGCUGUAUCAGGAGUGGGGUCAUAUCCUGCUGCUGUGCAGAACCAGUGGCAUGCAGGUUACGGCAUACAGCCCCAAACUUGGCCACAAACAACUCAUGCUCAAGUUCAAGCUCAGCAGUGGAAUCCUGCCUAUACCCAACAAACGGCUGCAUAUAAUGCCUACGGUAGCUACGGAAGUGCUUAUGGAGCUACACAAGUACCUCCUACAUCAGUACCUCAAGCUGCACCUUAUGGAGCUUAUCCUUCAACAUAUCCUUCACAGAAUUAUGCGCAGCCGGCUGUCGCAGCAACUCUAACACCUGUACAGCAGCCAGCGCCUGCAGCAGUUCCUCCUACCAUUUACCAUUGAGGAUAGAGUUUAGAAGUCAGAUUUUGAUGAAUCUCUGAAGAGUGUUGUUUUGGUGUGGUUCAGAGUUGAGUUGACCAGAUCUCUUAGGGACAUGAAAACUAGUACCCUACCAUUUUGUUCAUGGUGGAUGGGCGUUCCCUGUUGACAAUUGUAGACCACUCUGUAGUUUUUAAUGUUAUUAGUUUAUAUUCUAAUGGGAAAAAUAAUUAAAAUACCCCUAACUUUGAAGGGGUGUGAGAUAAACACCCCAAAUUUUCAUAAGUGAUUUAAUACCCCGAACAUUUUACAAAAAGUUAUUUUAACACCAUGAUCAUGUAUUAUUUAUUUCAAAAAUAUAAAUUUAUGGUGUUAAUUGCAUAAUUUAAAAUAGCAAAUUGAAAAUGUUGCAAUUAUAUGGAGUGGAAGGGUUAAUACUAUUUAUUUCAUAAUGUAAGUUUAGAAUGCUAAUUGUAUCUGCAUGAAUGGUAAAAUAUUUGUAAUUAUGAAAUUAACACCAAAAAGUAGCAUUUUUUGAAAGAAAUAAUACAUGAGCAUGGUGCUAAAAUAACUUUUUAUACAAAGUUUGGGGUAUUUAAAUUACAUAUGCAAGUUUGGAGUGCUUACCUCACACCCCUUGAAAGUUUGGGGUAUUUUAAUUAUUUUCCCCUAUUCUAAUUGGCGCGUUACAUUUCUCUCUUUUGAAUUUUGAUAUACUUGUUAAUUUUGUGCCUUACGUUUUGUUUAUGUACCCGAGGAUAUAUUAGUUAUCAUUUAAAGAGUUGGAAAACAUAACUAU